AUGGCCUCGUAUACAGAUAUGACGGGCAUUGGCGGCACGGGGAAGGUGUCCAAGUCGCGGAGCAAGCCAGUGGUGAAGCCAAUCCUCAAAAAGCUAUCUCACUCGGAAAAGAACUCGCUGGACCUGGAUCGAGGCUGGGAUGAGCAGCAGACGUCGUUUGGGCAUUACGGAGGGAGUCUGGGGAGAGAGAGGGAAGGGUCGUUUGGAGGAAGGGACGUCAGCUUCAGCAUUUCGGCGACGGAACUCUCCCACAGCAGCAGCAUCGGGAACGGAAGGAGCAAGUUCUCGCAUGCCCGCUCCACCAGCGGCACCUCCCACAUCAGUGUAGCGACCAGCGGCAGCGGCCAUCGCAACGGCAGCUUUGUCCACCCUUUCCAGCAGACGCCGCGCACCUCGACGCCGCCCCUCUCGUAUGCCAAUUCACUGGCCAGUAUUGAACAAGGCAACAGCAGCAGCAACAACAACAUCAACAACUCCGGAGUGCCAGGACCCCGCGAUUACUCCCCGACAAUCACAGAAGACGACGACGACCUGCUGGACCAGCACUACCUACACCACCGCAGCAAUUAUCCCGCGACCACCCCAUCAAUACCCAUUACCAGUAACCCAUCGUCGUCAUCGUACCCGCGCCGACCCUCGCUUGCCAGUCGCACCUCGUCCUUAUCCGACAUCCAUAUCAACAGUCACAGUCAUACCGGACCGCCCUCAUUACGCAUCAGUACCAGUCGCACAAACUCCAACGCUGCCUCCUCGCGGCUUGUACACGUCUCGAGCCACUCGGACAUCAACCAACAGUCCGGCAUAAUCCCGGAAUUUACUGCGUCCAACACAGCACCCGUGCUCUCACCUUUGUCGUCGGCAUCUCCCUCCACAUCAGUAACCGCCAUGUCUCCCCUGCGCACCUCCCUUGAGGGCUUCCGCCUGCGCUCGCGCUCCGACCUUGACUCCAACUACCACCAAGAGCGUAUCCGACAGGAACGCCACCGCUGGGAGGAGAAGGAGCGCCUGAAGAACGAGAAGCGAGACAAGGAGGAGAUGCGCAAGCGAGAGCGCGCCGACAUCAGGGAGGCCCAGCGCCACGAGCGCGAGCAGCAGAUGAUGAUGAGAAGAGAGGCCAAGGAGGCUGCCCGCAAGCAGAGCUUCUCCCACAGCGCCCGCAACAGCUCCAGCGACAUGAUCCGCCCCUCCAUCAGCCGCAAGAAGACGGCCUCCGAUGCCGAGAAGCUGGCCAUGGGAGCUGCCCAGGGCGGUGUCGAGUUCGCCAGCCGCAACUACGAGAGCACCGAUCAGGGCCAAGCGCCUAUUGCCGACGAGGCCAUGUUCGAGGGACCCCGCCGCUCCCUGACUGCCAAGCGCAAGACGCAGGGCGCCUGGACGAGCUUUGUCCUGUGGUUCCGGACUAGAAUUCUGCGACUCCACGACAACAUGGCCAAGAAGUAA